UUCCUAUAAUAAAAUGAGAAUAUUGCUACGAGCGUAUACCGAGGCGCUUGCGUCAGCUUCAGGCUUUGAUCUUUCUUCCCCGUUUUACCGACCACGAACCGUCGUUCCUUUCUUUUCUUUCUCCGAUAUAAAGUUGUUUCCUCCUCCACGUUCCAACCUCCCUCAUUCAUUUCCUUCAGCUCUCUUGAUCUUUCUCUGGAAUCUGAGACUGAAUCCUAGAACAUGCGUAGGCUAACCUGCAAUUCCUGCAACCAACAGUUUAAGGACGAGGAGGAGCAAAAGCUCCAUUACAAGUCCGAAUGGCACCGCUAUAAUCUCAAGCGCAAGGUAGCUGGGGUUCCUGGAGUGACUGAAGUAUUGUUUCUAGCUAGAGAAUCCGCACUUGCUCAAGAGAAACGCCAGUCCAGGGAAACUCCAAUGCUCUACAGUUGUGGUCUUUGUGGGAAAGGGUAUAGAAGUUCAAAGGCUCAUGCUCAGCAUCUUAAAUCUCAAACUCACGUCAUGCGGGCUUCUCAAGGAACAAACCGUCAAGAGGAGGAGAAGGCGAUAAUCAAGCCACUUCCCCAUCGUGUUGUGAGUAAGCCACCCCAACGAAGGGAGGUAAACAAUGAAGAAAGUGAAGAAAGCGACGAUGAGUGGGAGGAGGUAGAUCCUGAAGAAGACUUGGUUGGUGAAGCAACAAAGUCCAUAACUGAAUUGAAUGUACAUGAUAUUGCCUCUAACAAUGAUAUAGAUGGUGUUUACGAUGAUGAUGAUGAGCAUGAGGAGUUGGAUCCAUCUUCUUGCUUUAUGUGUGACCUCAAACAUGAUACCAUAGAGAGCUGCAUGGUUCACAUGCACAAGCAGCAUGGGUUCUUCAUUCCUGAUAUUGAGUAUCUAAAGGAUCCAAAAGGGUUUCUUACUUAUCUUGGCCUUAAGGUCAAGAGAGAUUUCAUGUGUCUGUACUGCAAUGACCGCUGUUACCCUUUUAGCAGUUUGGAAGCAGUUAGAAAGCAUAUGGUGGCAAAAAGUCAUUGCAAAGUACAUUAUGGUGAUGGGGAUGAGGAGGACGAGGCUGAGUUAGAUGACUUCUAUGAUUAUAGUAGCAGUUAUGUUGACGAGGAUGGCAAGCAGCUGGUUGUGUCAGGUGAUAUGGACAACACUGUAGAACUUGGGACUGGUGGAGCUGAACUCAUUAUAACAAGAAGAUCUGAUGAGGGUACGUCAACCAAAACAUUUGGUUCCCGGGAAUAUUUACGCUACUAUCGCCAGAAGCCACGUCCUUUGCCUAUGAACAAUGCUGCAAUAAUUGCAGCACUUGCCUCAAGGUAUAGGAGCAUGGGGUUGGCUACAGUGCAGUCAAGAGAACAGAUGAUGAGGAUGAAAGUGAUGAAGCAGAUGAAUAGAUCGGGAGUGGAGGCCAUGCCUUCAAAGAUUGGGAUGAAAAGCAAUGUUAUCCGGAACUUGCCCAAGAACGUCCUAUACUAGUUCUAGACUACACACAUCUUUUUGUUGAUGAUAAAUUGGUUAUCUAGUAAGUAGCAUAUGCGGAAUUCAUCUGGGAUUUGCUAGGACAUGAUUUGGAUUGAUUUUGUAUAUCAUAAUAUCCUUACCAUAUUCAAAGAAAGAGCUUCCCAGUGGGUGGGGGUGUUUUCUUGCUUA